AUGAAUUUCAUGGAUACGGGGAAUACGACAAUUAUAAAAAAUAACACUGAGAAGCAAUACGCGGAAAUCUCAAAAAAUGACACUGUGAAGAACUACACGGAAGAAGUGAAAUAUUUGGAAUUCGAUAUAAUAUUUGAUGAAUAUGUUAAGAAACAUAAUAAAAUAGUUGAUGAACUAUUAAAACCAUCUAACGAAUCUAAUUUAUUAGAACUUCCAAAAGUAAUUGUUGCUAAACCAGACAUGGUGACAGGAUAUGGAAACCGUUUAGUUGGAGUAGUUUGUGGUUUUAUAUAUUCACUACUUACUGAUAGGCUAUUUUUUAUUGAUGGUUACAAUAAUUUCGAAAAUUAUUAUGAGAAAGAUUUCGAACAUGACUGGAAAGUUGUCGAACAUUUAUAUCAAGAUAGUACUUAUAGAUAUUUGCAUGAUAUUAAUUCAUAUAAUGACUUUCCAUUGGUG